UAACGUGACUCUCUAAGGGAGGAGCUAAGGUGUAUAUAAAGGAGGAAAGCACCAACAGAAGCACAUUGCAUUAUUUUCCCACAGAGAAAAAACCAACACAUGGAAGACUUGAGCAUCAAGUAUGUCAACCUGGAACUUGCAGAAAAUCUGCAGAGACACAGAACAAAUGGCUUCAGCAACACCGAAGCAUUGGUGGUGCGAAGAGGGGCUCCCUUUCAAAUUACCGUCCAGCUCAAAGGUCGUCCCUUUGACCCCAGGACAGAUUCUGUGAGGAUUAAAGUCACCUUAGGUCGGCUGUAUGCAGUGAUGCCAGUGACUUUCUCAGGAAGGAACCCUUCUUCCCGCUGGAAUGCUUACAUUGACCCAAACAACCUAGACUUCCAGAGACUCUCCAUCUUCGUCUCCUCUCCUGCUUCUGCCUCAGUGGGACGUUACAAAUUUCAACUGUAUGUGUCCUCACAAGAUGGCCAGAGGAGUGCCGUGGUGGGCGAUUUCACCAUGCUUUGCAACCCUUGGUGUUCUGAUGAUGCAGUGUAUAUUCCUUUUGAGGAUCAGAGGGAGGAAUAUGUCCUGAGUGACUCUGGAUUGCUGUUCAUGGGAACCCCACUGAACCUUAUCGCAAGACCCUGGUCCUUUGAUCUGUAUGAGCCUGGUGUUCUGGAGGCUUGUCUGGAUUUGCUCAAAGUGAGCCCUCAGCAUAUAAAAAACAAAAGGAAGGAUUACAUGAACAGAGCCAAUCCCGUUUACAUCAGCCGCGUCGUCUCUGCCAUGAUCAACUCUGAGGAUGAUCGAGGUGUACUGAAAGGCAACUGGACUGAUGACUUCAAACAAGGUGUCAGCCCCUCAAGGUGGACAGGAAGUGGGGACAUCUUGAGAUUGUGGGCCAAGUCUGGUUACAGCCCUGUCAAAUAUGGACAGUGCUGGGUGUUUGCUGCCGUCAUGUGCACAGUCAUGAGAGUUCUCGGCAUUCCUUGCCGCGUCAUCACAAACUUCAACUCGGCUCACGACACCAAUGGCAACCUGGUGAUUGAAGAGUACUACAGCGAAACCGGACAGAAGUUAAACCGCAGUCAAGACAGCAUAUGGAACUUUCAUGUGUGGGUGGAGUGCUGGAUGAGACGCACAGAUCUUGGGCAAGAUAUGGAUGGGUGGCAAGUUCUUGACCCAACACCACAGCAGAGAAGUGGAGGAGUGUUUUGCUGUGGACCUGCUCCAGUCAAAGGAAUCAGGAAUCAGCGUACAGACCUAAUUUAUGACAUCCCAUUUGUCUACUCCUCGGUGAACGCCGAUGUGCACACAAUCAUCUUGUCAGGCCAAGAUCAUGUUGUUGGCUUCAGCAAAGACACAGAGAAAGUCGGAUCGCUUAUCUGCACUAAAGCCGUUGGCUACCCAAGAAUGCAGAACAUCACAGGGGACUACAAAUACCUCAAAAGUCCUACUUCAACCCUUUCAUCGAGAAGCUCCACAAUUUCGAAUGACUCCACACUACGCAGAGCCUCCACAUCUAAGGGCGUGACAGUCUUCCUAACGCUGACUAAAUCUCCUGUUGCUGGGGAGCCAAUCGUCUUCCUGGUGAAAGUAAUGAACAAGCAGAAAAGACCCAAGAUGAUGAAUAUACAUCUGAACGCUCAGGCAAAAGAGUACAACCACAGCCCCAGUGAAACCUUCUGGGAAAAACACGGUGCCAUACAGCUAGCACCAAUGGAAGUCAAAGUCAUCCAAGAGCAUAUCCUUCCAGCACAGUAUGAAGAGGUGGUAGGAGAUGACCUGAUCAACCUGGCAGUGGUCCUGGAGGACAUAGCCACCAGAGAGCGGGUUCUUGCCUCAGAGGAGUUCAACAUCUCCAGCCCAGAGCUCAUUAUCCAGGUUGCAGAGGAAAACUCUAUGGUGUCAAACAAAGAGUUUGCUGCCACCGUGACUUUCACCAACCCGUUCUCUCACCCGGUCAGCGGCAUACUGACUGUUGCUGGGGCUGGGCUGAUUGCUGGCACAAAUCAGUUCAGGAUGCCCCCACUUCGUCCAGGAGGUAGAGCAAGCCAGACCAUCACCUUAAUCCCAAACAUGGCAGGUGUAAAGAUGCUGCAAGCCAGUCUGUCGCUUUUAGACACCAACAUCACAAUCAGAGGCUUCAAAAUGAUCUCUAUUAACAGUAUUUAGCUUCUGCAAAACAUCUUGUUUUCUUUGCGUUAUCCCAAGUGACUAAUAUGUGAAUAUAAUUUUUUAUUAUUUAUUUUUUGCUAUUUAUAUAUAUAUAUAUAUAUUUGAUGAAUGUAAUAAAAAUACGUGAAAUAUCCUGUAAGACUUGAAGGUUUGAAAUGAGAGAUUUUUUUUUCUGCUGUCCUUU